AUGGAUGAUUCAAAUGGAACAAAUGAACAUAUUGAGGACGUUGUGGAGGUAAAUGAUCCUGCAGAACCAAGUCAGAAAAAAACUAAGUUAACAUCAGAUGUGUGGCUGUAUUUCAAAAAAAUUAGCAGAGCUAAAGAUGGAAUUGAAAGGGCUGAAUGUAAAGGGUGUAAGAAACCAUUCAAGGUUGGUUCAACUCCGGGACGCAAAGGUAAAAACUAUGGAAUAUCACAUUUGCAUCGUCAUAAAUAUCAGUGUCCAAUGCUUAAAGUUCAUGAUUUAGGUCAAAUGUUCUUGAAUCAAGAAGGUAAAAUGCAAUCUAGAAAAAUAGAUCAAUGGACACACCGUAGUAUCCUUGCUGAAGCUGUCAUUAAGCAUAAUUUGCCAUAUUCUUUCGUCGAGUAUGAUAGAAUUAAGUCUUGGGUAAAUUAUAUAAGUCCAGAUGUUAAGAUGCCUUCUAGGAACAUUUGUGUUGCAGAUGUCAAGAAAGUGUAUGUCCGAGAGAAGGAGAAACUAAAACAAAUCUUAGCAAAAAUUCCUAAUAAGGUAUGCUUGACUUCUGAUUGUUGGACAUCAUCUAACUCUGAGGGAUAUAUUUGUUCAACUGCCCAAUUUGUUGAUAAAAAUUGGAGGUUGGUUUGUAAAAUUCUUAAUUUCUGUCGUAUGUAUCCUCCCCACACUGGAGUUGAAUUGGCUACUGCUAUAUAUGACUGUUUGAAAGAAUGGGGCAUAGAUAAGAAGGUAUUUUCGAUCACUUUAGAUAAUGCCACUGCCAACGAUAGCUUACAAAAUAUUUUGAAAGGCCAUCUUAGGUUGCAAAAGAGUUUGUUGUGUGAUGGUGAGUUCUUUCAUGUGCGUUGUUCUGCUCAUAUUUUGAAUUUAAUUGUUCAAGAGGGUUUGAAAGCAGCUAGUGAUUCCUUGUUUUCAAUAAGGGAAAGUGUUAAGUAUGUUAAAGGAUCGAAUGGGAGAAAACAAAAGUUUGAGCAAUGUGUAAAGGAAGUUGGAAUUGAAACAAAUCUUGGUUUACGUUUGGAUGUAUCAACUAGAUGGAACUCGACAUAUAUGAUGCUUGAUAGUGCACUCCAGUAUGAAAAGGCUUUUGCUAGUCUACAUUUAAUAGAUAGAAAUUAUACUUAUUGUCCUACAUUGAAUCAGUGGAGAAGGGCGGAGAAAAUAUUUCAGUUCUUGGAGCCUUUUUAUGAGACAACUAACUUGAUUUCUGGUUCAAGUUAUCCAACAUCCAACUUGUAUUUUAUGCAAGUUUGGAGAAUUGAGUGCAUGCUUAAUGAGAAUUUGAAUAAUGAAGAUGAGCUGGAUUCAGUUUCUGCACAAGAAAAAAUAGAGCAUGUGAAAAAUAAAUUGUACAAGCUCUAUGAUCAUUAUGGAAAUAAGCAAAAUAUUGCGAGUGCUUCUUCUAGUACUCUGACUACACCAAGUGAAGAAAGAAGUAAAUCCAAAGGAACGGGAUUCAAAAUAUUCGAUGAAUUCAAAGCAUUUGAGAAUGUAUCUGCUUCCAAUGAUGGAAAAUCAGAAUUGGAUAUUUAUUUAGAGGAGCCAAAGCUUGAUUUUGAGAAGUUUCGCGAAAUGGAUGUUAUCAUGUAUUGGAAGAAUCACUCUGGAAAAUAUCCUGACUUAUCAGUAAUGGCGCGAGAUGUACUUAGUAUCCCGAUUACUACUGUAGCAUCAGAAUCAGCAUUUAGUAUUGGUGGUCGUGUUCUCACCAAAUAUAGAAGUUGCAUCCAUCAUGAAAAUGUCCAAACACUUGUUGCUACUCGAAAUUGGUUGCACGGCUUUACUCAAACUCAAAGUGAUAAAGAUGACAAUGUUAAGGCAACUUUAUCAGAAGCGGAUUUAGAUAUGUCUGACAAUGUGAUGGUAUUGGAUAUGCUAUAA